UAUGACAAUCUUAUACUGACAAACACUAAAGGGGAAGAACUAGAUCACGUGACAGAUAUAGGUAGUAAUGUAUGGGGAGGACACACUGUGAAUUUUUAUGGUGAUCUAAUUUAUAUAGACAGUGAAUUAAACAUCAUUAAACUGUCUAAAGAUAACAAAGAAAAGACUACGAUAAUAAAGUACAACACAUCACCAUGGAGACCAGUGUGUGUCUACAGCUCCCCCUCCACUGGAGACCUGCUGGUCACGAUGUAUAGAGAUGACAGAGAGAGAGAAGACAAGGUAGUGCGGUAUAACUCCACAGGAGAAAACAUCCAGACCAUACAGCACUACAACAACACAGGUCAGGGACUGUAUAUAUAUCCUCACUACAUCACAGAGAACCGCAAUGGAGAUGUUAUUGUGUCUGACUUUAACCGUGAAGCUGUAAUGGUGACAGAUCGUGACGGUAAUUACCGAUUCUCCUACACAGGUCCUCCAUCAGGAUCCCGACUAUCACCACGUGGAAUCUGUACUGACGCGCUGUCACACAUCCUGGUGUGUGAUUAUUGGACCAACUCAGUACAGAUGUUAGAUAGUGAGGGUCACUAUCUGACAGAGAUAAAGACACAACAACACGGGAUAUACAAUCCACGGGGCCUGAGUUAUGAUGAGGACACACACCUACUGUGGGUAGGGUCAUACAACAACAAAACAGUCAACCUAUACAGAGUGGUAGAUACAGACUCUCUGACUGGAGUCCCUCUGGAGGACAUCAAAUGUAAGAAACAUCCCAGAAUUCCCCUGGACCAGUUCUGUACCCCGUGUGGUGUUCCCUUGUGUGUGGAGUGUACCAGCUCUGAGGAUCACAGCAGACAUGACCUUAGAAAUAUAAAGGAAUUGUUUGACAGCAUUCACGAGAUAGAAGAUGGAGAUACACUAUUGAUGUGUCUUCUUCUUUCCAAUUCCUACAAAAUAAACAUGAAAGAAGUAAACUGGAUGACCAAAUAUAAUGCUGUUGCCAAAAGUUUUAACUCAAAGGAAAUCAAAAAGCCACUUGUCAAUACACAUUUAGAAAAUUACAAACCAGUUCUGAAACUCAAUGAAUCAGAGAUCAGUUUUUCCAAUGAGGUCUGCUUCAAAAACAUUAAAAACAUUGCACACGAGUACUGUAGAUCCUGGAAUUAUCGGAGAGGAGAGGAUGAAGUUUGCUGUUGGUUGCUGCCAGAAAAAAAUGAGGAGUUUUUAGAAAAACUUGGAGAAGAUAUUUUCAUGCACCAAACAAUGGAGGACCAGUCAUUUAAUGAAGCUGUAUUUAGAAAACUUGGAAUACCAAUGCAGAUUAUCCUAAGGGGAGACAAAUCAGUGACGAAUUUCAUUGAGAAUUUAAAGAAAGGGAAGACAACCAUGUACCAUGCCUCUGGGAUGAUAAUAGGGUGUGCUGGAAGUGGGAAAACAACAUUGUUAGAAAGACUGAAGGGCAUUGACCUGGAGAAAAUAAAGAAAAAUAUCAGGUCAACUAGAGGAGUCGAUAUUCACACAGAUGUGUUUGAUGUGAAAGAAAGCAUCCAAGCAAAUUCUUCACGCCAACAGCAACACUUUAAACUUCGACUUGAUAAAAAAGAUAUGAAUCAGAGUGUUCCUGAAUCUCAUUCAGAAAAUGCAGCCGAUGAUGAGGAAACGCAGGAAAAGAUGAAACCAGUUGAAGAAGAUGGCAGUACGACUGAAGCAUCAAGCAGUGGACAGAUAUCACAUGGUAAUAUCGACAUUAACCCUACCUCAUCCCAUGAACCACAGGGGGCCACAUCACCAGAAAAAGUAGCAGAAGUUAUGAAUGAAAGAAAAGAUAUUCGUCAUAGUCCAGAAAUUUCUGGAAAUUUACAGAUAGGUGCAGAAGAUAUUUCAGAAGAUCCAGAUAAAAAAAUAACCAUGACUGACUUUGCAGGGCAGUGUUCAUAUUAUGCCUCACACCAGAUUUUUCUGAGUCCUCGAGCGUUCUUCAUUCUGGUGCUGAAUAUGGAGAAGAAGUUUGAUGAUAAGGUUGGAGAAGAAGUUUGUUGUCAGGAAGGCUCCGUUUAUGGGGGAUGGACACACAGAGAUUAUCUAGAAUUCUGGAUGAAGUCAAUUCAUCAAUAUGGCAGUGAUAAGGCUCCUGUCAUCCUGGUUGGUUCACACUGUGAGAACAAAACAGAAAAGGAAAAAGAAUUGUUUUUUGAGAAGUAUGGAAGACUCUUGACAUGA